CCGACUCCGGAGGUCUUGCUGUGACGUCAUAUCUGUGCGACGCGGCCGAAGCGCGGCGCUCGCUCUUUCCGCUUCCCCGGCCGCAGAGCCCGGAUUCCCCCGCAGGAGCCUGAGCCAUGAAGCCCCCUCUUCGGACCCGCUCGGCCCCCACACGCUACGAAACGGGCCCCCCUGCACGCCACGCACCCGCUCGGGCCCCCUGGACGGCGCAGGAGAAGCGGCACCUCAUCAAGGCCCUGAAGGCCCAGGCCCCUCAAGGGGAGCUGCAGGCCGAGCAGUUGCGGGAGCAUCUGCCCCGUAGGAGUGAGGCCGAGAUUCUGGCCUUCAUCCACCAGCUGAAGGGCCGUGUAGCAAGGGAGGCCAUACAGAUGGAGUAUCGCCGCUGCCGGGAGGAGCAGAAAUGCAAAGAAGCUGAGAUCCUAGCUCCUAUUGAGGUCUGGACAGAUCUUGCUGAGAAGCUGACGGAUAAGCUGGAAGAAACCGUGACAACAGCUUUCUCUCAGGUUCUGACCAUCGCAGUCACCGAGCCGCUCAGUUUGCUCCACUCCGUUCCCCAGAAGCUGACCAGAGCUGCAGAGAAGAAGGUCCUUCCAGGCUCCUCGAGCCAGCAUGCUGCAUCGCCAGCCCCUGAUGAUGCAGCAAGGAAUGGGGAUGCUGCCCCAGGCCCCCCAGCAGCAGCUCCGUCCUCCAGCACUAGCACAGACCCAGGUGUUCGCGAGGAACCAGAGAAAUUCAGCGUGGACUUUGAGAAGAUCUAUAAAUAUUUAUCGAUGCUCUCCAGGGACAUCAAAGCGCCCGAGCUCUCGCCAUACGAGUCUGCCGUCGUCCUAGACCUGUUGAUGUCCCUCCCUGAAGAGCUGAGCAACCUGGACUAUGAUGGAUUGAAGAGGCACAUGCACAGAUCCUACAGGGAACUGACUGCGCAGAAGCCAGAUGGGAGCAGGAAAGGGUCAGAUCCAGGAGCCAGUGCAGGAGAGCUGGCCGCUGACCUGCCUUCUGCCAGUGUCGACUGUGAGAGGCCUCCCACUGCUAACCUGUCUGCGAGCUGCACAUUGCCAACAGAACUGGCACAGCCCAGUGUCAACGAGAAAAGGCCCAGCAGGUCAGGGGAAUGUGAGCAGGGAACACAGGAAACUCCCCAGCCCAGUGUGAGCCCGAGCCCAUCCCCAGCCCAGCAUUCAGCUUCCCAUGGCCAGUUGCCCCCACCCCUCCACAGUGCCGGUAUAGAUGCUCAGAAGUCAGUUUGGAAGGAUCUGGGAAUUUGCCCUUUGAACUUGUUCCUUGUUCCCUUGGAGCUUCUGGCUCGAAAGGGGGGUAGUUUGGACUGAAAAGGCUGGCGGUGAGUCUUGGUUUCUCAGAGCGGAGAUUCAGGCAGCUGUUUCAUGCUGGUUCUCUACACCAGUCCUGCUCUGGUUCUGUGGUGGGGACCCUGUAAGGGCUCUCCUCACCAUGGGCUGCAGUCCCUGGUAGGGAUACAGCCUAAGGAGUGUCUUUCUCCUGAACAAUGGAGUUUUAUUGAAGGUAAGAAGUGAAGUUUCAUUAGCAGGAAACAACCUGAAUUUGCUUGGCCCUGUGUCCAGAAUUCCAUGUCCCAGCUCUGGUUGCUGGCAGGGGCUUGGCUGUGGAGUGGGUGAUAGAUGUCUAUUUCUGAGAAGCACGUGACCGAACUGGGUUCACAACCUUCAGAUCAUGUUAACUAAAGACCUAGUUUGCUACUGAAGUGAAAAUGAAGUUUAAUCUUUCUCCAAAAGGAGCAAAGGCUGAGCUGUGUGGCUCACCGGGGACGGAAACAGACUCUUUUGGGUUCCUAUCCACAACACUAUGGCUUUGUGGAAUAAAACCAUGUAUUCUCUCUUGUUGCUGGGCUGUAAAUACUGUCGUUUUCACUUAUCUCUGGGCUCUGCCUGAGCAGUCUGUUCUGUUUUUUUCCCCUUAAGUAUAAAUGUAUUUAAGGUGUGGAAUAAAGAGCUUAAAACCAUC